AUGAGGACUAUCUUUAAUGAAGAAAAUUUGCAAUGUGGUUAUAGGUUUUAUUUUAAUCAUUUAAUGCUAGCAUGCACAACAAAUAUAGUGAAAAUGUGUAGAAAACAAUGCCUAUUUUGUCUUCUAUUUUAUGCAUCUUGUUUUGUUUUAGGUAGCAAUCAUAAAAUGAUAUUAAAACUUCUCAUCUGUUUUGGUGGUGUAUUCUUUAGUUAUCUGCUGAAUGGUAUUGCUAUUGAGAGUAUAACAAACACUUUUGGUGACAAGAUAUUUACAUUUUAUUUAUUUAUGGUAUUUAUCCCGUCAUUAUUUAAUGUUGUGUUUGCCAAACUUGCUUUGGUUAUGAAGUCAUAUUUAAUUAAAGAAGCCAAGAAUACAUCUGUUAUCUUGUCAAAGGAGAGUGCCAAUAGUGUGCCGAAAAAGAUGUACUUUUUAUGUGCUAUGUUUUUUGUUUUUAGUAUGUUAUGUUCAAAUGCUUCUUUAGCUCAUAUAAACUACCCAACACAGUUGGUAUUGAAAUCCAGCAAACCAAUACCCAUACUAUUUUGUGCUUGUUUUCUGUCUAACAAAAGGUACCCACUACAACGAUUUGCUAGCACUUGGAUCAUUGUUGGUGGUGUCAUUAGUUUUAUGUAUGAACAAUAUAGUUUAAAUUCACAAGUAUCUGUUGGAACAACUCCAGCGCAAAAGUUUAUUGGUUCAAGUUAUGUUAAAGGAUGGGGUUUGGUGUUCGCUUCUUUAGGAUUUGAUGGAAUGUUAGCUGCAACACAAGAACGUAUGAGGCAAAGCCAUGAGCUGGAUACACACUUGCUAAUGUAUCACGUUAAUGCAUAUUCCUCUGUGUUCCUUGGUAUGGCUGUGACUUGUCAAGUAAAGACAAGAUUUAAAAUUAUGGACCUUGAAAAUCUAUGGAGAUACAACUAUUUUUAAAUUUGAUAAUAGUGUGAAUUUUUUGUAAUUGGGUUUACUGUUUCCAUCCAACACUAACUAGCUGACAAAGGAGAGGCUGUAGUUGAAGCCACUAUGUUUAUCACAGUUUUUUCCCUUUUUUCCCAGAGUAUUCAUAGUUUACUUAAUUCCAAUUAAUUUUUUCAAUUUCAUUGAUAAAAUCAGUGUAAUGAUGAAAAAGUUGCGUUUUUUCUGCAUGGAUCAGAUUUUUGUUAAACAUAAGAGGCAAAUUUUUAAACAUUUCUCACUUAAUUGUUUGCAUUAGGUGAAUUCUAUUUUCUUAAUUAUUUAAACAUUUAGUAUUUGGUUAUUUAAGCAUAAGAUAAUUUAUUACUCUUGUGGAUAUUAAUUAAUUUUACAUAUUUGUAAAUUGGAAUAAUAUAUUUAUAAAUUAAUUUGUACAUUUCUAAUUAUAAUUUAAAUGAAUUUUCACAUUUUUUUUAUUUUUAUUUCAAACAGCACUGGUGAUCGCUUUUGUUUAUGCAUAUUUGUGAAUAAAUAUUGAACGAUUUAUUACAGAGAAAACUCUAAAAUUUGGGUGUUAAGUCUUCAUUAAAUUAGUUACUGCAUAU